CGGCGGCGGCGGCGGGAGUUCAGCAGUGUGAGGAUUCUCUUAGCAAGGCGCAGGGCGAGGGCGCCGCUGGCUGGCCACCCCAGCCCUCUCCGCGUCGCUCCUGCCGGGAGUCGAGGAGGAAUUGGCAGGGCUGGCGGGAGCUCCGGCAUCGACAUGCACAGCGCUCGACUUGACAGCUUCCUGAGCCAGCUCCGCUGGGAACUGUUGUGCGGUCGGGAUACAGGCUCAUCCCCUAUGCCUGGCCCCUUGCAGCCACCCCCUAAAACUGAUCCUGGUGUGCAGUCUGGCCAUCAACUUAGGGCUUCAGAUGCCUUGGAAGAGGAUUCUGUCUGCUGUGUGGAAGAGGAAGAGGAGGAGGAAGCCUUGGUGGCAGAAGAUAGGGGUGCAGCCUUGAGGGGCCCAAGGGAGCAUGCUCUAGACUGGGACUCCGGCUUCUCAGAAGUGUCAGGCAGCACAUGGCGAGAGGAAGAGCUUUCUGUACUCCCAUGCCCAGCACUCCCUGCACGGCUCCCUCAUACCCAGCGCCUCUCAGUCAGUGAUCUCCCCCUGCUUAACAGAGCAUCUGUAGCCAGCAUACCACCUGCCCACCACCGUCCACGGCCCAAGUCUACUCCAGAUGCCUGCCUGGAGCACUGGCAGGGAUUGGAAGCAGAGGACUGGACAGCAGCCCUGCUGAACAGGGGACGUAGUCGCCAGCCCCUGGUGCUGGGGGACAACUGUUUUGCUGACUUAGUUCACAACUGGAUGGAGCUGCCUGAGGCAGCAAGUGAGGGGGGUGAUGGAGGCAUACCCCGUGCCCGAGCUCGACCCCCCCAAUUUCUGCUUGGUCUCUCUGAGCAGUUGCGGCGCAGGCUGUCCAGGGCUCGUAGGGCAGCUAUGGCAGGAAAGCGGCUGUCAUGCCCACCUCGCGCAGAAUCUGAACUGCCUGCGGACCUAUCACGCUUUGCAGCCCUCAUGAGCUGCCGCAGUCGCCAGCCCAUCAUUUACAAUGAUGUCAGUUAUCUCUGACCCUGCCUUCUAGCCUGGGACAAUAAAGGCCUUUUUCUAGACUGUUGAUUCCA